AUGAAUUCAGAAAAGCCACUCAGUUCUGAGAUUUUAAGUGAAGAAACGGAUCAACAAGAAGAAGCACAAUAUGACAAUGAAGGAACCAAACGCUCUUAUGAGUGCACAUUCUGCAAGCGAGGCUUCACAAACGCUCAGGCUUUAGGGGGUCAUAUGAAUAUCCAUAGGAGAGACAGAGCCAAAGCCAAACAAGUUGUUCCAAACUCUUCACUCCCAUUAAUAAACAAAUUCAACAAUGAUGAAUCCAUGACCUUUCCUUUUGCUUCUGAAAUUCCAAACCAACCCACAAGGCUUUAUUCCAUUUUGGAGUCUCAGAGGAACUGUGACGUGUAUUUUCAUCCCCCGCCACCUUCGCAUACCUUUCAAUAUGAGUUUUAUAACCCAAGGUCUCGGCCUAUGAGUUUGAACCAAGAGCUUCGGGGUGCCAAUUUGAGUCUCCAAAUUGGUCCAAGUCAUGUUGAUGAUAUUCAUCAAGUUAGGAGAGGAAAUCAGAAAGAUAGUGAAGUGGACUUGGAGCUCAGACUUGGGUAUGAUCCAUAUUAA